UUUUGUUCAUCGUUUACUGAAGAUGGCGCUUCUGUUUCGCUCAGCCAAUCAAUAUGCGCGCCUCGCUGAAUACUGUUUGGCGGACUUUUUGAUAUCUUUUGGUGGGAAUACAGAAAGCGCCAUUAGAGACGCCUCAAAGAGACGGAAAAAAAUUUUCUGCAGAAGGGCUUUCUCUAUAGAAUAUUCAACGAUGUUGGGUACAAAUCAACUAAGGCAGCUCUCCUCUAAAGUCUUAAAUGAGGACAACAUUCAACUUCCACUCAAGCCUGGACGAAAAUACACAGUAUCAAUUGAGGGAAAUAUUGGAUGCGGAAAAACAACUUUGUUGGAAUAUUUCAAGUCCUCUAAAGUUGUUGAAGCAAUAAAGGAGCCUGUGAGUCAGUGGACCAAUGUUCAGGGACACAAUGCUCUGCAACUGCUUUAUGACGACCCGUCUCGCUGGAGUUUCUCGUUCAAUAUCUACGCCCAGUUGACAAGAGUACAGAUGCACACUAAACCACACAAUAAACAAGUAAAAAUGUUGGAGCGGUCUUUAUACAGCACAAGGCACUGCUUUGUUGAAAAUGAUUUCAGAAAUAAAACCAUAAAUGGUCUGGAGUACGCCAUACUCAACGAGUGGUUUGACUACCUCACAGAGAUGCCAGAGACUGGAAUGGAUCUUAUUGUUUACCUGCGUGCAGACCCCAAAGUGUGCUUUGAGCGAAUCAGAAAGAGGUCGAGAAAGGAAGAGGCUGGAGUGCCCUAUAAACUGAUAGAAGACCUCCACAACUUGCAUGAGGAAUGGCUCCUGAAGCAGAAAUGUGGCAAGUUACCUGCACCCGUCCUGGUGCUGGAUGCCAACAACGAAUAUCACAAGAUGACAGAAAUAUAUGAAGAAAAGAAACAUGAAAUUCUGUGCGGUGUGAAGGCAUGACCCUAGAAGGGGUUGCUGACAAACUUCUAUGGUAGCUCUGUGGUUCCUUUUAAUGCUCAGAAAUCCAGUGGUAUUACAAUAGUGAACACAAUAAUUUAUAUUAUUGUGUGCAUUUUAAUAUAGCUAAAUUUGUUUACUUAUAACUAAUGUUACGGAUUUAGGGACAAACGUUUUAGACAAAGGUGGUUCUAUAUUUGUGUUCAUGAUAUGUUUUUAAUUUUAUUUUCAGACAAUUUUAAGGCAUUGAAGUACAGAAUGUGUUCAUAAUUGUUUAUUCUGGCUAUUUUAAAUUCUUGCCAAAUUUAGAUUAAUUUCCCUGGUGCAGUUGUUUGAUUUUUUUACCAUGACAUUCUAUGAUAUUUUUACAUGAGUAUGGUCAUUUAUCUUGUAUAAGCACCAUAUUGUUCAUUAUUGGUUCCAAGUGUUUGGACAUCUUUUAUUUUUAAUUGUAGACUAUUAUAUUGAUUUAAGAGUUUAUUACCUCCAGUUUGAAGUCUGUGGUUAUGAACUGGUAAUAAUAUGCAUUUAUGCUGAAAUAUGUUUCCCAUUUAAACAAAACAUGAUGCUUAAACAUUGUUUACAUACGGCGUAUCUAUAAAUGUUUGUGUGUUUAUGUAUUUUUGUUUAAAAUAACUUCUUUGUAAGAAGAUAUUCUUGUAUCUAGACCAAGUAAUCGGUAAUUCACAGGAUAAAAAAGGUGAUAUACUGUAAUGAGCCACAUUCUGGGGAAAAUGGGCUUAAUGCAUGCGUGAAAUGGGUUUAAUGAAUGUACUUUACAUGCCGUCCAAGAUUUGCCCGUGCAGUCUGCACAGGCGCAUCAGAGACAACACUUACAACCUAGACUGGAUUUUGAAUAGAAGAGAUUUUUUGUUGUCCCCUAUUAGUCUGUGCGGACUACAUAAGCAAACCUUGGACGGCAUGUAAAGCACAUUCAUUAAGCCCAGUUUUACUAGGAGACCUGUGUACCAUUGAUGCAUACAAAUCCAAGGAAGAAUAUGCUAAAGGGUCGAUCACAUUUUAUUGAUCUCAGAACAUGUAUACAGUGUAAACAGACUAUAACGAGUAAACGUUCAAAUGUCAUUGGUACUGUAAUAAUUGAACCAUUUUACAAGAAUGAAUGUUUUGUUUGUAAAUCACGUAAGUUUAUAUUUUUAUUGCCUCAUAACAGACUUUGUGCUACAUGGUGUGUUCAUUUUAUUUUUAAUGUCUUUUAUUGAGAAUGAGACACGCAUUGUGUAUGUGUUGUGGUUUUGCUUUUAUCUUUUCUCUACUGUCUUAUUUAUAUGCAUCCAGUUGUUGGUGCCUCUUACUCCAUAUUGUGUGUGUGAAUAUUUUGUGUGUAAAGAAUAUUAGUGCAUAUAGUUUUGAUUACAAAAUAAUAUAAAAAAUAAAAUAUAUAUAAUUA